AUGUUGGAUAACAAUUCUAGCAAAGCUAGUGCUAUGAUUAGUUACUAUGGAGUCUUGUUCUUGCUCUAUGUUAUCAUUUUCUCUUGUUUAGUGGUGUCAAUAGUGGCAUUUUCAUGUACUGAUCAUCUUGAAAAUGACAAAGUAUCUAAGAAGAAAAAGAAAACCAAGUCUAAGUCUAUUGGUGCUAAUUGUGGUUCUAAUUUUGGUGCUACUAAUGGAGUCAUCAUGUAUGCUAGUGGUGCUUGUGGAUGUAGCGGUGCCGGUGGCGGUGGUGGAGGAGGUGGCUAUGGCGGUAGUGGUGGCGGAGGUGGUGGCUAUGGUGGUUGCUGA